UACCAACCAUAUUGUGCUAUUGUUGUAUCAUCAAACAUAACCUACAGGAAUGUUCAUAAGUUUAAAGGGACCCUGCAGUUAUCAAAAUAUGCAAUAGUGGAGCGAAGUAGAAAUUCUAGUAAUAUCUAGUAUCGAAAUGACAAGAUGGCACGUCAGCAGCAAAACGAUGUCGAUGAGUUAUUCGACGUAAAAAAUCAUUUUUAUAUCGGUAAUUAUCAACAAUGUAUCAACGAAGCACAAAAAAUCAAACCCUCUUCUCCGGAAGUGGCAAUGGAACGCGAUGUAUUUUUAUAUCGUGCUUACAUAGCACAAAGGAAGUUCCGUGUUGUUUUAGAUGAAAUUAAUAAUUCAUCACCACCAGAAUUACAACCAUUGAAAACUUUAGCAGAUUAUUUUGCUAAUCCAUCACGUAGAGAAACAAUCAUUGCAGAAUUAGAUCAAGCUGCAAAUCACACUAAUUUAGAUAAUCAUAAUUUUAUGAUCGUUGCUGCUACUAUAUAUUAUCACGAAAAGAAUUUAGAAUCAGCACUACGAGUACUUCGUAACGUUGAUCAUUUGGAAUGUUUAGCAUUAACAUUACAAAUUUAUUUGAAAAUGGAUCGGUUGGAUCUAGCAAGGAAAGAACUUAAAACAAUGCAAGAGAAAGAUGAUGAUGCUACGUUAACGCAGUUAGCUCAAGCGUGGUUAAACAUAAGUAGUGGAGGAGAUAAGUUACAGGAUGCUUAUUAUAUAUUUCAGGAAAUGAUCGAUAAGCAUUCCAGUACAAGUAUGUUGUUAAAUGGCCAAGCUACUUGUUUUAUCGGUCAAGCAAAGUACGAAGAAGCUGAAACUGCUUUACAAGAAUCGCUUGAUAAAGAUAGUAAUAAUCCUGACACCUUGAUCAAUAUGAUUGUCCUUUCACAACACAUGGGAAAACCACCAGAAGUUGCAAAUCGUUAUUUAAGUCAACUAAAGGAUUCUCAUUUGGAACAUCCGUUUGUUCAAGAGUAUCUGCAAAAAGAAAUUGAAUUUCAAAGACUUAGAAAACAAUAUUCAUCAUCUGCCUAAAUUAAAAUGCAUUCAGACUUUGGCAUUCCAUGGAUCGAGUAAAAUACAAGUAUUAAUGAGAAUAUUGAAUCAGUUUUUGAAUAGAGCGUACUACAGAAUGUAGACAAUAUUUAUGGGACAAAAAGCGUAUGAGAUUUUGUCAUGAGGCUUGAUUGAAUGAUAGUAAAGCAGUUUGCUCUUAAGCAAGAAUAUUCUGUUUUUAUAUAAAUUUCUAUGACAUUAUCAAAGAAAUAAACGUACAUGUCCAGAAAUUUUU